CUUUUGCUAUGUAACCGCGCGACGUCACUCCAAAGGCUCCUUCAGGCUCCUUCCCUGCGCAUGCCGAGGCUCUUCCAGCUCGGGACAGUCCAACGAUUCUCUUGGGAUUGAGUGAGUCGUCUACUUUACAAGACGCGCUUCCCUGAGCGAUGCUGCGCUCACAUCUCAGUCGGUGGCUCCAGGCCACCGUCUACCUCCGCGUGCACCGCUGGACGGACUGGGCACUACUUGUCUCGGCCUUGUUGGGCUACGGGAUUAUCACUCGGCUGUGGACGCUACCCGUUGUAUUAGACAGGUGGGGGAAUGCCUGGCAACAGACGUGGUGGGUAGCGCUGCUCGGGCUGCUACUUGGUGUCAUGGAGGACCUCUGCGUUUGCGUCGUUAUGUUCUCGGUGCUCUGGACCUUUGACUAUCUCACACUCAAGUCCCCGGCCGAGCGGCACAAGCUAGCGCGUCGACAGAGAGAGCAGCAAAAAGCUCUUGAUGCUCAGAGGACUGACGUAGAGCAGGGAUUGCAAGACGACAAAGACACCGCUGUAGCUCCAGCGUGGACGGAAGCUGUGGUGCUCACGGAACAGUUCGGGCGCUUGGCGGUAUACACCGUGGUGUUCCUACUAGCGACUGGUGGACUUUGUUUGGACUCGGUGUUCCUACGUGCACGCAAGAUGCGAUUCUCAGCCGACUUUGUGGUCAUGUACAUCCGUGAGCGAGACGCUGCAGGAGAGCUGGAAGUCGACGCUGCAGAGUGGUGGGUGCUCUUCUGGACCUUGUUGUUCACAAUUGGACUAGCCCUUUUUGUUGGAUUGCUUGGAGCUUGUUGGAUCAAUCUGAUGGACUGGGACGUACUGCGGUUUGUUUGUCGCAGUCGGCUAUACCAACACUGUGUCGCUAUUGGCGCUGCAACAAGCGACUACGAGCGUUUACAUAACAAAGAAGAUGACGAUGACUCGUCUGAGGACUCGGAAGAUUCGGAUGAAAGUGACGACGAAGACGAUGAUUGUUCCUGUCUACGAACCGCAUCGUUUCGAUUAACUCCUCUAAGCGUGCUCUUCCUGCUUGUCGUGGGUUUCUUCUUAACUACGUACGAGUUGGCAAAGACAUUGCCGACUAUCGUGGGCUUAAUCGCUUUAAACCCGGUGCUAAGCGAGCCUGUACGGAUGGGUACUGGUUCUCAAUUUGUUGCGGAACGCAGUUCUAACACCAUUAGCCGCAGACCAAUGAGUGAAUUUAUCGAACAAGAGACCGAGCUAUCCCAGAUAUUCGACGGGGACUCGUUGUACCGCCGUACGUUGGCUUUCGAUGGUCCGCUGGCGUUUGACAUCAAAGUUGGACGUGAUGAGCGGCCUAAUGUGCUGCUGUUAGUGAUGGAGUCUUUUCGGAUGCAAGACUCGCGAUUUCUACUAGACAGUGCCCUUGAGGAAGAGGUGGAGGCUGCAACUGCGUCUUUGCUGCCGCCAAAUGUGACGUUGACGCCCAAUUUCGACCGGUGGGCGUCUCGAGGCGUAGCGCUGCGGAAUUUGUGGUCCACUUGGCGGACGAGUCGCUCGAUUGAGACCCUCCUGUUCGGUCAAAUGCCGUACGAUAGUGUGACGGAAACAGGCACAACCUCGGGUCGUCUGGACACGAACCUGACGGGGUUGCCACAGCUCUUCAAAGCGAAGGGCUACGACACCAUUUUCACUACGGGGACACGCACAGACUACGAUUAUUGGGACACCUUUCUGCCAGCGCACGGUUUCGAUACCGUAUUAGACCGUUGGGGGCUCGUGGACAUUGUGGAGAAUGAUCUGAAGCUUGAUGACUGGUCCCAGGGCAACCACAUGCUCACCUACUGGGGCAUUCACGACGAUCUAUCGUACACAGCAUUGUCCUAUAUUAUUCGAAGCCGACAGUUUGCCCAGAACGUAGCCAAGCAGCAAGCAGAGCGCGACGCAGCAGCAGCCAAGAGGAAAACACCUACCAAUGUGACGGAGAAACCUCUCCCCAUUACCACAGCGUCGACGAACCCGUGGUUUGCAACGCAUUACACGAUUUCAAGCCACGUGCCGUUCCACGAACGUCCUGACUGGUUCUUCCGUUAUGCGACCGAGCAUCGAGCUGAAAUGGAGGAGUUUGCCCCGCUGUACAAAGGCCACGAGCAUGAAGAGCUCAUCCGUGACUACGUGCAGAUGCGCUACUUCUCCGACAUGGUGUUUGGUCGAUUCAUGGAGCAGUUGGAGAAGGAUAAUGUACUGAAGGAUACCAUCGUAGUGGUCGUUGGAGACCAUGGCCAAGCCCCCGAACGUGGCAGCGCAACACCCGAACAGGACCAGAUCGCCACGUCUCGAAUUGCAGGCGCUAUUAUCGCUGAGGGUCGGAUACAGACCCCAGUAGUGAUUGACGACGCAGCCUCGCAGUCGGACAUUUUGAACACGUUGGCGGACAUUGUGGGGCUGCCUGUGGGAGGUCUACUGCAGACCAGCAUUGGCCGUUCACUGAAGCGUAAACCGCCCACGGGUGUCGGUAAACGAGUGGUUUAUAGCAACAACCCGGCUACAAAUCUCGCGGCGGUGGUGGGUACUAUUCGUCUCCACUUUUUCGCUGACGGAUCGGACGCGGUACGAGCGUAUCACACGCAGCGUGAUCCGCGUCAGGAGCAUGAUCUCAUGGGCGAGCUUUCAGAUGAACGGAUACGAGAACUACUGCGGAUUUGCGAUGACGGCCGAGCACUCAACGCGUACUUUAAACACCGCUGGGACAACAAGUGCUUACUACAGCCCUUGUGCGGGGCGCAACAGUAAAGCUGGCAGCCCCCAUCCAUAGUGCCGGCCACAACAAAGUCCUUGGUCAUCAUCUCACAUCCAAGGCAGUCCAUGCUGAAUAGAAAAGGCUUGGUGUCCAUCACAGGCUCCAAUCUCUUCUCGUACAUCAUGUUGGACAGCAGCGCACUCAGCGUCAUGGGCUUAAUAUCACGCUCCUCGUUCAUCUUGCACAUGUUGAUCUUAAACUUAAGUAGCUGCGACACUGACUGCACGUCGGUGGCGAGGCCCGCUAGGCCCAGGAACGUCUUGUCCGUCACACGGAACACCUUUUGGAAGUCCAUGGCCACUGUCUGUGCCUGCAUGCCUAGUCUGGUAUCACUGUUUGUUUACAAUAAGAAUAAUGUUAGCAAUGGCGCUUAGACAAUAGAAAAUGAAGGCGCACUAUUGUCAGUAUAAGGCUCUAAAAUUACCAAGCAAUGCCAACGCAAUCUUUGCCCGCCAUUGCGAUGAUCGCCGCUCCGUUAUACG